AGCUUUUGAACUGGAGUCGAGCAUAGAUGUUGCUAGAGUUGCUAAUGCUUACACUGGGUCACAUUUUUUCUUCCUUCUUUGUGGGUUUUGCCCCAGACUUCAUCCUGCUUUGAUGCAUUAUGGACCUUGCUUGAAGAUAGAAUGAUCAGGAGGAAUAACUGCAGAAACCACAGAGCUGUAAUUGAGAUAUUUUUUUUUCUGGAGUGUAUGUCCAUGGUCAUGUCCCAACCUCCCUCCCACCCCAAGUUAGGACAACCAGAUUUAUUUUAAUUAUUAUCACAAAUCAAAACUGUUAUUUUGUUGAAAGCUUGACAUUCUGAAUGCUAAAACCAAGCACAUUGGUAAUCUGUUGUCUCAGUUCAUACACUGGAAAGAAACAGGGAUAGCAAUCUCAUUUUUACAUGACCGUUUUUCAGGGUGUUUGCUGAGGGGCUAUAAAUUGAUGCCAUCUAACACCAAUAUGCUUUAACUACAAACCUCAGAGGAAGUUCAUGAGCAACGUCUAAAAAAGCUUUAGCAGAAAUGAUCUCUGCAAUAUAAAACUGAAUUUAGAAAGGUGGAUCCAAGAGUGAUUCAGAUGUUGAGGGCACUGGCCCUGCUGAUACACUGGAAAUCCAGCCUGUCUCGUGGUUGAAAUUUGUUUACGUGAAGAGUGUGUCAACCAAAAGACUUAAGCACAGUCCUGGAAAAUCUUACUGGCUGAUAGUUAACUUGUUCUGGGAGAUGUAUGAAUCCGUUCUGUGCCGUGUUUCUACAGAGGGAAUUGUCUUGCGCUGCCCUACUUUCUGCCUAGGUGAGUAAACAAACUCCUAAGCCACUGAAUAAAAGACAGAAGGUAUUGUCACCAGUCUGGUGACUAGUUCACCAGUGUAUUUUUCUAGCUGACACUGGUGAAUUUGACCUUGAUGCAACAUUUUUGGAAUGGCAGCAAUUUGGUAAUUUUGGUACCAUGAAAACAACAGACAGAACAAACCCACUGGUUUCUUGCUACAGCACUUACAGAACAAGAUUGAUAUUUUCAUUUUCUGAAGAUUUCUGUAGUCAUUUAAAGAGAUCCAUAAAUAAAUAAACCACAGUUGGUUAGCCAGCUUAUCUGGAAUGGAGAUGGAUGAUCUCCUUGCAGACAUUUCUAGUGAAACACUUAAUGCUGAAUGUGAUAUAACCUGUAACAGGAAAGUCCUUUCUGACCCUGGCCAAGCAAGCAGCUUGGCUCUUUACUAUAACUUGUUUAUCACUUUAUUCUAAACUCUUCUGAGGUCCAGACACUGUCGUCUUGAUUGUGUACAUUGUCAUGAAAAAAGCCCUGCUUACAAUCCUAUUUUCCUCAUUCCUGAAACCUCCUAACCUGGUUGACUUGUUGGAGUGCAUUUCAUGCAUUCUUAGUAGAUAGGCUGAGGGAAACGCCUAGUUCAGUCACAGCUAGAGGCUAGAAAGCAUGUAGGGAGUUCAUGAACGUUGCUUGUCUCCUCCUGCAGUCGCUGCCUGUGUAUAUAGCUGUACAGGGGAAGGAUCACAAGCUGCUGGACACAGUAUGACCACCCUGCAAGGAGAAAAUCUUACCGGUGUGCCAGAGCUCGUGACAGUGAGUUAAGGUGAAGCAAACAACUACUCAUAAAAAUCUUUUCCUUGUGGAGGUGUGCGCUGACAAGUCAUCAAGGAGCUGCUCGUUAUUGAAAAUGGAGGAAACAAGGAAGCUCUCUCCAAAGCCAUGUAAAAGCAAAGAACCCGUGAAAACAGAAUGGGGGUCUCAGAGUGUCGUGUUUACAUAUUUCCAAGGGGAUAUUAACAGCGUGGUAGAUGAACAUUUUUCUAGAGCUCUAAGCGGUGCCAAGAACCCACAAGACCUGAGCAUGAAGCACAAGAGCGAGACUGUUGUCCUGAAGAACGAUAGCAUGUCUCCCCAUCAAUGGAAUUUCUCUUCACAUUGCUCCAAACCAUAUCCUUCAUCUUCUGCUACAAGCAUGUCAAACUCUGGUCUGAAUUUUUCUGCUGCUGGUAUGGCAGGCCAGUACCAGCCAUCAGCUCUGCGGAGUCAUCCAACUCAACCUGCAGAUCUGUGGCCCUUCCCUUCGAUCGGUACUCCCGCUCUUACCAGUUCGGUGUAUCAUCAUGCCUUGCCUGACCUGCACGUGGUAGAUGAACCGAUCUCUGACAGGAAAUACGGUUCUCUUCUUGGUCUUCUGCAACAGGAAAGGUGCCUAACAUCCAUGCAAGAAUGUACCAUGAAGCAACACUCAAGUCCUGCUUGUAUGACUGGACCUACUGGAUUACAAAAUAUAAGUCAAAGUUCAGUUCCUGGGGGAGACAGGAAAGCAAACUCUUACCAGGGCUCAGAAAAUCCCAGUACAAGUGCAAGCCAUGCCACUGCAGGUAUUCAGAUUCAUGACAGAAGACGGGAUUUGUACUUCUAGCAACAGGAUGUUUCUACUUUAUUCUGACAGAGAAAGUUCUUGCCAUGAACUUUUAUUAUUUGCAACUGUGAAUCAAGAAGAAAUGAACUGCAGCUAUGCCAUGCUUUUUCUUUCAGAUGGAAGAAUACACAUACUAUUUACUAUUUUAAGAAUGAAAAAUCUUUCUCUAUUCAGUAAAUAAUUUCUGAUGGUUGUGGUAUUGAACCUAACAGACUGUUUGUUGUGAAGAAAUGUCUACUUACGGCUUUUUACACUUAAACCUCUCUAAAAGGACUUUCAGCACUUUUUAUUCAUUCUUGAUAAGAAGCACAAUUCUAUCUUCGAGGGAUGCAAUUAAUAUAAAUUCAUUGCUGCAACUUCUUAUCUUGAUUUGAUAUCUCCAUAUUGUUUAAAAUAGUAUUAGACUGUGGGCUCCCUUUGCAAGACUUCAAGACAACCACAGGCCACCAGAGAAGUACAUUACUGCACUUCCCAAAAUAUAAAUAUGAUAAUUUGUGGCUAUGCAUGCAAUUCACGGGGACAUUCUUCAGAAACUACAUAAUAAGCAUAUUCAUGAAGGCUCUGUUUUGCCCUCAUAAUGUAUAAUUUUCUGGAAAACAAUAAUUUAACUGUAGAUCUGGAAAGAAAUCUAGAAAUCAUUGGAUGUGAUUAAAAUCCUACUAUGAGCAAAAAGCUGGAGCUGGGAAUGUUUUAUUUUCCCAGCCUCUCUGCAGGUAAAAAGGAACUCUUUUUCUAAAUAAAUUGUGUGAUUGAUUUUUUUUUUAAAAUAAUUAUACCGCAGGGCUCAGCCAUCUGAACAAGGUGAUUUUUAAUAUUUUCUUUCUCUCUUUUUUUUUUUUUUUUUUUUUUUUUACAAUUUACAGAAUUGCCUUUCUUCUUUUUUAACUUUACUAAUACAUUUCCAAUUAGUUCUUCUGUUAUUACAUCCACCUUUCCCAGUUUUUUAAGGCUACAUGGUAAAAUAAUUAGGCUUCCUCUACGAGUCAAAGCAAAGAUUUCUGCACUGUACUCUCUACAUCUCCUUUGCCAAUUUGUGUUGUAAUUCCAUUUAAGUUAUUUCUUUAAAAUUUUUGUCUGCCUCUGCCAUCCCCCCUAAAAGAAAAUGCUGAAAUGAUUUAUCCCUAAGGUCUGUAAAGACAUAUAAUGAUAUAUUUAAAUGCCUUUAAAGUUUAAUGCUUCUUGAAACAAUUUGGUUCUGUGCAUGUCACAGGUAAAAAUAUUCAAGAUGGACUAUUAAGUCGGUAUUUCUAGUGAGCCAACCACCUAGAGCUGGACAAAGUGUGUGUGGAGGGAGUUGGGGGUGGAAAUGUUUUUUUAAAUGCAUGUCUCUUAUUGCAAAGACAUGAGACAUCAGUGGUUCUGCCUUGACACUAGAAUGCUUCAAGCUAUUGCUGCAAUGCCUGGAAAUGUUGUCGUCCUGCCCCUGUGCAGCAGACCUGGCAAAAGAGAGCAAGUGCCUGGCCAGCUUGAGGGUAUCUUAUUUAUAAAAAGCCUACAAUAUAUAUUAUUUCUUCCUC